UAUAAUAAUAAUACUAUGCAAGAGAGCUAUAUAUAUAUACACUAUCUAAGUAAGUAUUAUCCCCAAGAAAUAGGGAGAAUAUACAUUAGCUUUAACAUGGCAUCAAAUGCACUCACUAGAGGAUCACAUACCAUCAACUCCAUGGUUCUCAACCUCAAGCCGUUUGGAAGAAAAACAAGUUAUCACAAGAACUCGAUUCGAGAGACGAUGAAGAUGGAGAAGGAAGAAGUAAGUAAUGUGAGGCAUAUUAAUGGAGGUCAUGAUCAUGAUCAUUGUGAUGAAGUGAGCAAAAAUGAUGGGAAUGAAUGGAUUCCUGAUGUGCGUACUGGGAUUUAUUACCCAAAAGGACAUGAGAAAGUUAUGGAAGAUGUUCCUCCCAAGGCUGGGAAAGAUAUCAAUUGGAUGUCAUAUAGUGACAACAUUCAUUAAGUUUAAUAUAUUUAAAUAUAUUAUAUUUAUAUAUAUACUUAAUUGUUAUUAAGAGAAUUAUCUGAUAACAACUCUUGCAGAUAAAUCAAAAUAUUGGACAAAUUAAUUCC